AUGCCGGUUAACCCUGUUGGGUUGACUAAUGUUGAGGUGAGGGCAUAUCUAGCCAAGAUGGAACAAGCCAUCACUAUGAAGGCCCAGACCAUGACUAACCAGGUCAACAGGCAGAAUGUUCAGAGGGAGAACCCACUGAUUCAUAGUAUGGCUGACAUGCUGAAAGACUUUACGAGGAUGAAUCCUCCUAUUUUCAAAGGGUCUAAGACUUCGGAGGAUCCCCAAGAGUUUGUAGAUGAGGUGAAUAAUAUAUUGGUGGCUACGGGGGCCAUAGGAUUAGAUGAGGAUCUCGAGGAGGAGUGUAGGGCAGCUAUGCUGCAUGACAGCAUGGACCUUUCCAGGUUUAUGGUCCAUGUCCAGCAAGUGGAGGAAAGCAGAAAGAGGAAGCACAAUAGGGCAGGGAACAGGUCAAGGCACGCCAAGGAGAAUUUUUCAAAUAAGAUUCGUACUGAAAUCAGGGAUAAGACCAGGUUUAAGAAGGCACUCUCCCACAAAGGGGAGUCAAGUUAUCCAAGGGUCGCUAUGAUAGGAAUUCCGAGUCCGGAGUCAAGAGAAACAAUGAAGUAG